AUGGAUGCCGACAGUCUACAAAACUUUGCCUUGCCUGUCCAGCCCAUCCAGUUCCCUGCCUACGGCGCCAACAGCGACGGUCAAGGAGGGCCACAACAAGAUGACACUGCCGCAGCUGCUGCCGCUGCGGUGGGAUACGCCCCUGCCGACCCGGUCGAUGUGAAUACUCAAGCCUUUGAGAUGAAUGGAGGAGCAUCUACGAUUCAGCCACGAGGACAGAGCAAUAGUGAUGCUAUGGACAGCUUGAAUGCGAACAAUGCCACCCCAACACCAGCGUCACGCAGUCCACACCAGACCCGUAGUUCUGUGACUCUCCAAACAGCCUCGACUCCCUCACAGAAUGGAAGCAUCUCGACACCACAAGUCCAAGAUACUCCGAUGGACCCAGCCAUCACUGAUUUUCAAGAUCAGGGCCAAGCACAACAAGAGUUUAUCUCGGAAGACCAGAAUCUAAGCCAACCUGCGCAGGAUAGUAAUCUCGUCUGGAAGAACGCAUCGUCCGCCUAUCCGAAUGGCACUCCCACCGUCAACCGAGCUUCUCAAGCAAGACAAUCGCAAUCGCAAACCCAGGUCUACAACACACCACACGGUCUGGUAUCGUCUGAUCCAUGGUCGUCGGAGGCCCCCAACACGCAGCAGCAAGUGGACACACCUGAUGGCACUACCAACGACAACACCAACACCAACACCAACAUCGGCCCAGAGACCAACCUCGACCCAGCCAUUGCAGCAAAUCCAUUCAGCGACACGUUCCCCCUAAUCCCAAACCCUCCAGACCUCGAUGCCUGGCGCGAGAAACUGUUCAACAUCAAAGAACCACUAGUCCUCUCAGAAGAAGAGUACCUGACCUACUUCCCGCACGUUGACAAUGUCUAUUCUCACCGCUCGACCCAGAAGUACAAGCGCAAACCUUUCGUCAGCCACUACUGGGAUUGUCGUCUCAAGGGCCGACCAAGUGGGACACCCAAGAGCGACGACCCAAACAAGAAGAAGCGCAAGCGCCAGGCACGCGAGCGGGAUCUGUGCGAUGUGAAGAUCAAAGUUACCGAGUACUUCAGCACAGAGGAGGCGCGCAAGCUGGGCAUGACUGCGAUCGGAGACACCAGCGGCACCACCACAUCACUGGCAAACUCGACUACCGACCCAGCCUUGUUGGCUGUCUCAGGCACGGACAUGGAGGGCAGUGUUGGCGGAAGCGUGGGCGGUAGCGAACUCACCAUCGUUCUCGAGGACGGGGUCAACGGCAGCAGCGCCGGCACGUCCAUAAACCCCAGCGAUCCGAACUUUGGUCUGCUUGAGUUUCCGCGACGUCGUCUACCAGAAGGCCACCCCGGCGCCGACGGCAAGCGAUGGUUCACGAUUCAACGCGUCCGUGGCAAUCCCGGCGGCGGCGCGGUCAAGGAUAAGCGCGACAGUACCGCCAGCGGCUUUGGGGACGGUGGGGACGAGAACGACGACUCGACGGUCAUGGUCGACCCGAACUUGGAUCUCGACCACAAACAUACCCUGGAGGAGAGCGAUCGGGUCAAGAAGAACAGCGUCCAGCGAUGGUUGUUGAAGGAAGAAAAGGAGAAGAAGCGCAUGAGUAAACUCCCUACUCCCGCCGCAACCAGCACGCCAAACACCCACGGCAGCGACUCCGUCAGCCCCAGCUUCCGCGCCAGCGGUCUGGCCUUCUUCACGGCGCGAAGCCAUGCUGCGCCCGCUCCUUCGAAAAUCACGUUUUUCGCAAACAGCUUCUGCCCGUUCGCCCAGCGCAUCUGGAUCGCGCUCGAAAUCAAGGGCGUGCCGUACCAGAUGGUCGAGGUGAUGCCCGCCCAUCUCGACUCUUACCGCCCUCCUGAGAUGCUGCAGGUCAAUCCGGAAGGAAACCUGCCCUGCAUCCGACACGGCAACUGGGGCGUCUGGGAGAGCGGAGUGGUCAUGGAGUAUCUCGAGGACUUGGCCAUGGGAUACAGUCUGCUUCCAUUGGGCAAUGCCCAGUUGAGAGCCCAUUGUCGCCUCUGGGCAGACCAUAUCAAUCGCAAGAUUCUGCCAAGCUUCUACAGUCUUCUGCUCACGCCGCCACCAAGAACAACACCACAACAACAGCAACCAAACUUGGACGGCGACAUGGAUUCUACCAUGGACUUGGACAAUCCAGCUCAGACCCAGACUCAGGCUCAGGCGCAGGCCAAUGCUGCGAGCGCCGCACAACAUUCGAUGCUCAUUUCAACGCUGCAAAAGCAUAUCACUUCGCUCGUCAACGCGUCGCAUGCCACCGGGCCCUUCUUCCUCGGCAGCGAGAUAGGAUUCGUGGAUGUGGCCUUCGCUCCGUGGAUCAUUCGUCUCUCCCGCGUGCUGAGCUACUAUCGAGGUUUCCCGCGGCCGGAGGUCGGCACUCGAUGGCGCCAGUGGGUCGACGCGAUCGAAGCCGACGAACGGGUCAGAAGAACCGUGUCUGAUGAGAACUCGUACCAUGGCGUCUACCGUGGUGUCGGCGAGGACGGAUGGGACUCGCUUGUCGCGCAGGACGGCGUCGGUCUGCGCAAAGCCUUCGUCGAGGUCGACUACGCCAAGAGAGCGGUGGCCCAGGAGGGCUUCGGCCUCGGCGGCGAUGUCUGGGGUCGACUGGGCGAGGAGUCGGCUGUGCAUGCAAAGAGAGGUGUGCUAGCUUAG